CACACAUAUGGUAAAAACAAAUAAUACUACUGCCUGGGAGUGGGACAAAGAGUGCGCUGUUCAUCUCUCCAUAUGUUCACAAACAAAGCACACAUGCUGUCUACAUUAUCUGCAUAAGGCUUGUACUCGUCUCCUUUACUGCACAUGUGUGCUUUGCUUUAGAUUUCACAUAAAUCUAUGUGCAGUUUUAUCAUUUCUCCUGUUAAAGCUCCCCUCACAGGACCUUUGUUUUAGAGUGUUCAUCUGAUCUCUCAGAGUCCUUAUGUACUCGUAUUUUUUACACAACUCUCCCUGGUUGCUUGUGAUCUGAAAUUAUAAGUACUCUAGUGAUUCAUUUAUGGUCUGUGGUGUCGGCAAAGUGGCUGGUAUUUGACACCCUUUGAAAGAGCGCUUGUGUGCAGAAAAUGGGAUGCAAGCUGGGUGCUGGCUGGUCUGGCAGAAUUUUGUGUAAUUUUGUGUACAUUUUGUGUACUUUCACUGCUAUCUCUCUCCUGCUUUUCAUCUUUUGUGCCUGGCACCAACAGGAGCCUUUAGGUCUCCCAAAGGUGAGUGAUAUCUUGGGCUUUAUUUCAUCCUUCCUGUCACUAGUCCACAGCAUUCCUGACUAUUCUAUAAUUGCUGGUAUUGCCCUUUUUAGACACUAAUCGCUUUGGUUUUUUCGUAUGCUUUAUUUGCAGGGUGACUAUGAGAGCAGCAUUGCUACCAGAUGGAAAAGAUAUACUAUAAACCCGCUAGGGUACAAGUGGGACCAUUUAAACCUGACGUACAAGUGAGUCUUUAAAUUUAUUAUUUAAUUGACAAUAUUGCAUGACGUAGAAAGAACAAAACAAAUAAUUGUAGAAUUUAAAUGGGCACUCAGACCACUUCAGCUCAUUGAAGUUGUCUGGGUGCAGUGUCCCUAGAGAAACUGCAACGUCUACAUUGCAGUGUUAAGACUGCCUCUUGUGGCUGUCUACCUAAAUUAACCACUAGGUGACCAAGCCAGCUGCCUGGUGGCCCCCUGUCUUGGCCUGACGCUCUGGCUCUCGUCAGGCCAAGACAGGAGUCCUUGAGCCGGCAGGGAGGUCAAAAGAUUUCCGUGCUUGCCUCUGUGCCACCUUACUUUGUUGAGGGAGCGUUGUGGUCUCUAUCAAUAUCAGGUACAGACCGCUUUAAGAGCGCUGUGGUGCGCUGAGUCAUAUACUGAGUCCUAGAAUUACAAGGGAGUUUUUUUUUUAAAUACUUUAUUUUUCCAUCUUGACAGAGUUGGCGUGAGCCAUAUAAACGGUUCGGCUUACGCAGAAGCCUGUUGAUCCACAUUAUAAGUGUACAUAAUUAUGCAUAUACAUACAAUUAAUAUUGCUAAGCAGAACCAACAACCUUCGUGGCAUUAGGUUCGUUUGGCCACCUGUCAAGGGAUUUUGGUUAUAUAAGAAAACUUGUUUUAUAACUGAAGCACUUGACAUGCUCACAAUACCUGGUGCGCAGUACUGCAUGAAAGCCAUACCAGCACCUCGCACCUGGGCUAUUGUUUACCUUACCAGUGUUGUCGUUGGUCAUAAGGUAUCCAUAGUUGUCAAGUUACCAACCUUUGUAUGUUUGUUUAAGAAUAACAAAAACUAAAAAGUCUGUAAAACUUCCGUAAAACUUGUGUAACCUUCUACCUUAACUUUGCUUAUGGUGGCUCCUGUAGCAUACUAAAUCUCUGUUAAUGGUAGGGUGGAAGAAAGAGGUGGAGAUAGAAAGAAGAGAGUAUAGAGAGUUUCCCAUCAGGCCAUGGGGGCGGCGGUGACCAUCCGUUUGGUGUUAAGCGGCCCCUCGUGAGAGAGGCCUUGAUAGGGGGCAAUUCCAGGGGGGGUGGGGGGAAUUUCUCACUUGGUACUUAUGUCCGCUCAUGCUAAGUCGCUAGCUGUCCAGGGUUCCCAUAAUUUAUCAAAUCGAGUCAUGGACCCUCGUACUCUGGCUGUCAGACUGUCCAUAAGGUAUACGUCUUUUAUGUUUGCUAUGACUGCCUUCAUAGGGGGUACUUCUACUUUCAGCCACGUUUGGGCUAGUGCUCUCCUGGCUGCUAGUGUCACUUUGUGUAUUAGCUUUUGUUCCCUCUUUGUCCAGUUCUCUAAGGACCUGUUAAGUAGGUACGUCCAUGGGUUUAAAUCUGGGGCUCUAUGGAAUAUACGUGUCAUUAGUCGAUGUAUCUGUGACCAAAAGGCUUUUACUCGCGGGCACUCCCACCACAUGUGGAGGUAAGUGCCUUUGAGGCCGCAGCCUCUCCAACAGUCGUCUGUAGGUGUCUUCCCUAUUUGUCGUAAUUUCACAGGUGUAGUGUACCACCUAAACAUUGUUUUAUAGGCCUGUUCCUGGAGAGACACACAUAUGGAUACAGCAUUGUUCGCUUCCCAAAUCUCUCUCCAUUCCACCCCCUCUAGUUCCUCCCCUAGUUCCUGUUCCCAUGUGCUGGUGUAUGUGAGCGAGCCCCAUUCCACUGAUUCUGAGCAUAUGUGUGCGUAUAUUUUCGAGAUGAGGCCUGGCAGUGGUGAUUCAUUUAGGCACAUCUUUUCGAAAAAGGACAUAUGCCCUGUGGCCGCGUUUUGUAUGAGUGGGCAUUUCACGUAGUCUUUAAGUUGCAGGUAGCGGAAGAAGUCAGCGGGGGUGAGAUGUGUCGUCUGUUUUAGGUGUUCAAAGGUAACUAAUGAGUCGUUCGGAAACAUAUGGCAUAUCCUUUGUAGCCCUGUUUUCUCUAGGUUGGCAAAGUCUCUCGCUGUCAGCCCUGGCGGGAAAGCCCUGUUCCGUAGCAGUGGGGUUAGUGGGGAUGGGGUGGAUAUCAGUCUAAAUUUGCGAGCCACGGCAUCCCAUAAUCGUAUAGAAUUCAGGAUUGCCGGGCAGGUCGUGCGCAGGAUAGGUCUAUCCUCUCUCGGGGUCCAUAUGUGGAAUUGGGGCAGAUCUGCUCCCAUCAUUAAUGACUCCAAAUCCGCCCAUCUCCUUUCCUCUGGAGGGGUGUGCCACAUUGCCACUUGUGCGAGUUGGGCCACCAAGUAGUAGGAGUACAGGUGUGGUAGGCCUAGCCCACCCCCUUGUUUCUGUCUGUAUAGAAUGUUUCUUGAAAUUCUGUGACGUUUAUUUUGCCAGAUAAAGUUUCCUAUCGCUUGUUGUAACGGGGCUAGGUGUCAUUUAGUGAGUUUGAUGGGCAGUGCUUGAAAUAGGAAUAGUAUACGGGGUAAUAUGUUCAUUUUAACCGCAUGGACACGCCCUAUCCAUGAGAUGGGUUUAUCUUGCCAUUUGUCCAUGUCAGUGGUGAGUGCCUUUAGUAACGGGGUGUAGUUCAGUCGGUAUAGGUUUACUGGGUCAUCCGGUAAUUGAAUCCCUAGGUAUUUAAUAUGACCCUGUGCUAUUGGUAUGUUGUGGGUCGCCCGUAUCGCCGCCACAUCCCCCGCAGUCAUUCCUAUCGGGAGGGCACUUGAUUUAUCCAAGUUGGCCUUGUAUCCCGAGAAGGUUCCGUAUUUUGUUAGAGUUUCUGUGAGGGCCGCCAUCGAGUUCCCUGGCUCCGUAAGCGUCAGGAGUACGUCAUCCGCGUAAGCGGAGACAAGGAACUCCUGCCCCCUGACUUUUGCCCCUUUUAUGCGGGGGUUUUGCCUGAUGGCCUGUAGUAGGGGCUCCAGCGUUAAUGCGAAUAAAAGUGGAGAGAGGGGGCAUCCCUGUCUCGUACCAUUACCCAGACUAAAUGGUUGGGGCCAUGUACCUGCUAUUGUCACCUGUGCCGUUGCGUUGCUGUACAUUGCUUGGAGUGCGGUCACAAAUUUAUCCGGGAAGUUCAGAAACUUCAGUAGAUUAAAAAGGUAGGGCCAUUCAACUCUGUCAAACGCCUUUUCAGCGUCAAGUGAGACUACCAGGGUGGGUGAGUUGGUUACCCGUUGUCGCCAUAUUAGAUCAAUAUUUCUUCUGGUGUUUUCAAAUAAUUGGCGGUCUGGAAUGAAUCCCACCUGGUCCGGGUGUAUUAAUGACUUCAGCAUGGGGUUAAGGCGAGCUGCUAGUAUCUUUGCUAAUAUUUUGAUGUCUUGGUUGAUAAGGGAGAUGGGUCUGUAGUUCGUUGGUUGUAGGGGGUCCCUGCCUGGUUUUGGGAGAAGGAUAAUGUUUGCUAGCGACAUUUCCUUUACGGGGUUUCCGCCUUCCAGGAAAUCAUUAAAGAGCUGGGAUAGUUUGGGUGAAAGCUCUUCUCGGUACAUUUUAUAAUACCCCCCGUCGAAUCCGUCGGGGCCCGGGGCCUUAUGGCUCUGGAGUCCCGCUAUGGCCUUGUCCACCUCUUCGCUGGUGAUGCUUUCAUUUAGGAGCUGUGCAUGUUCUGUGGUUAGCUUCGGCAGGUCCAGGUCUUGGAGGAAGGUGCGCAUUGCGGUCUCUGUUGUCGCUAGGCAUUCCGGGUCUUUAGGAGUGUGAUUGUAUAAUGACCUAUAAUAUUCUGUGACUAUAUGGGCAAUGUCAGCUGGGGUGUGUUUUAUAGUUCCGUCUCUGUGCUUGAGCGCUCCAAUGUGUGUACGUCUUUGUCUCGGACGCAGUACUCUAGCUAGUAGGGUGUCCGUUUUGUUUGCUUUUUCGUAGUAGGACCUCCUAGACCAGGUAAUGUCCCUAGCUGCGUCGUCUAAUAGGAGUUCAGUAAUGGAUCUCCGAACGUCUCGCAGCUGGUCAAGGAGUUGGGUUGAGGGCUCUGUCUUGUGUUUCAGUUCCGUUUUGCGCAGCGUUUCUAACAGUUGCCGGAGUCGCUUUGUUUUCUGUUUCUUUUUCUUGGUGGCCAACCGGAUACACACGCCGCGUAUGACCGCUUUAUGUGCAGCCCAUAUGAUCCCCGGCGACACGUCCUCCGUCUCAUUUUCGAGAAAGUAGUUUCGGAUUUCUUUCCUAAUUUCAGCUUGAGUGGAUUGGUCGCGCAGCAAAGUAGAGUUCAGCUUCCAGUUCCAUGGCGAGGCGGUGCAUAGGUUUCCCAGCGUUAUCGAGACGUCUGCGUGGUCCGACCAUGUGAUAGACCCUACUGAUGAGUCCACCACCCUGGCCAGCCCCGCGUCGUUUACUAGGAAGUAGUCUAUCCUAGAAUAAGUCCCAUGGGGGGCGGAGUAGAAGGUGUACUCGACCGCGUCCGGGUGGUGUGCACGCCAAACGUCCACUAGGCCAGUAGCUUGGAUGAAGUCAUGAAGUGCCCUGUCUUGCCCGCCCCUACCUUGGGACCUCACGUAUCCUGGUUUGGAGCUUCUGUCUGCGGCCGGACUCGGCACUGCGUUAAAAUCGCCCCCUACCAGGAGUAUGCCAUGUGGUAGUGCCGCUAUCUUAGCAGUCAGGGUUUGCCAGUACCUACUGUCUGGGGCGUUAGGAGCGUAUAAGUUGAGCAUGUGUACGGUGUGGGAGUGUAUGGUCCCAGUCAGGAUGAGGUACCUCCCCUCGGGGUCUGUGUCUGUUGCGGAAAUUUGGACAGGGCAUGUGUUGCGGAUAAGUAUGGCCACCCCAUUCCUUUUCCCGUGUGAUCUGGCUUCGUAUGAUGCGGGGAAUAUGGGAUCACUUACUUUGAACGUUGUGUUUUUCGAUGUGUGUGUCUCUUGCAGGAAGGCGAUGUCUGCUCCCAUCCUCUUCAUUUCCUUAAACAUUAAGCACCUCUUCUUGGGAGCGUUCAGACCCUUAGUAUUAAUGGAAACAACCUUCAAUGCCAUGGUCUCAUUUCAGAAGUUCGCUUCGUCAUUAGCAUAAUCCGUCCCCUCCGUCGUGCCCUCUUUACAAUUGGUGUGCCCUUGGCUCCAUUGCCCCCCUGGCCUGACGGGAAAGAGAAAGGUAGAGAAAAGAAAGAAAGGGUAGAGAACUGAAAUAACAUGUUAAAAGGUGGGUGAUAUCUGGUCUUACGAAUCGCCAGAGGUAUAUGGGGUGUAACUCCCGGUAUCGUCCUCCCCACCAGUGGGCAGACGAUAGGUAGGUGUAUAGAUCCGGGUGUGACUUCACCGUAUGUCAGCACUUAUGUGUACUAAACCUGAGCUAUAGUAAAGAGAGUUGUGAGCUAGUGUGCCCCUCUUGUCAUCUGUUAAAUGUAGAUUUGGUUUUUAUUUUUUUUUGUGUGUUUUUACACUCCGCUUUCCUCUUAGUUGUGUACCAGUAAACACAUGCAUGUUAAACACUUUGAACCAAAAUUGAGAUUGUGUACCGCUUAUCUAGGUCAUAGUUGUCAGCCCUAGUGUCCCGCCGGGGGGGGGGAUAGUAUACAUGCAGCUAUGGUCGCCUAGAGGUGGCAUUGUGUGCUACAGUCUAUCGUCUCUGGGUGCGGGAGGUAAGUCUAUAUUUACAUUGGGGACCCUGACACAGGCUACAGUCCGGGGUGGCCUUCCUGCCCCACUGUCUAGACUCUUACCCACCCUGGUGGUGCCUCACCUUAGCUGUCCUGACCCGUCUCUGGUUGUGAUACCCGCAUCCAGUCGGGGAGGGGGGGAAGGUGUCCCACCACGAUCCGCCCUGGUGGUGUCUCACCUUAGCUGUCUUGACCCGUUUCUGGUUGUGAUACCCGCACCCAGUCGGGGAGGGGGGGAAGGUGUUCCAUCACGAUCCGCCCUGUCAGUGCCCAUCACCGGUUUCUCGGUACCCUUGUGACGUUAUUGUGGCUAUCGUCAUUGUGGGGCUCCCUCUCUGUCACCCCCUCGCCGCUCAGUACCUCCCGCUCCCCCGUGUCCCCCUUGUAUGCUAUCAGUUGGGCCGUGUCCAGUCUCCCCGGGGAGGGUGCGGAUGAUAUACAGGUUGACCCGUAAGUGCUUGGAUAACACGAGCAGCUACGGCCCCUGGGCCUGUGGGUUUCAUAUGAGGCACCAUAAGCUCCUGUAGGGGGGGGGGCAGCUGCAAUGUCCUGUCGGCCUUGCCCCAGCUGAGCGCUGAGCUGGUGGUGCGUCCUUUAUGCGGCUCCCUCUGGUAUGUCCGAUCUAGUGUCCCCCUCCGGUCCCCAUGAGGGUUGACCGCACUGUGGGUUGCCAAAUAUCCUCCGUGGGGGCGCCUCAUUGCCAUCCCAUUAAUUGGUGUUGCCGCUGGUUGAAGGCUUGGGCCACGUAGGGAAUGUCCUCCCCCUCCCUAGCCCCUGCUUCCCCCCUCCCCAAUAGCAGUGCAUCCCUUCCCGGUGCGGACCUCCACAAUAUGGGAAUAACCCAUGUCCUAUCCCCCCCCCGGUCGUGAUAGUCCCCCCUGUCACGGCAGGGAAGUCCCGUGGGAUGCGGGCUUUGCGGUAAAUACCCUGAGUACCUUAAAAAUCUUAUUACCACAUCUCUCGGUGUGUUCAUAUCUCCCUUUCUCGUGCGCAGGGCUCUGUGUGCCCGCUCUAUGUGCCACAGGUGAUUGGGCACGUCCGGUAGCAGAGGUUUUAGGAUCUGGGUUACUAAUUCAGUCAUUGGGCCUUCCGCCGGUUUCUCUGGUAAGCCGCGUAAGCGUACAUUGUUUCGGCGGGAUCUAUUCGCCAUAUCCUCGAUUGCUAACUCAGCAGAUACAAGGCGUUCCGUUAAGUGAUUUACGUGGGUUAUGGCUGUGUUGUGUGCCAUAGUAGUAGUUUCUAGGCGCUGUUCCAGCCUGGCGGUGCGGUCUCCGAUAGACUGAAUCUCCCCUCGUAGGACGUGGGUUGAGCGCUCUAUUUCUCCCGCCAAGUAGGUUUUCACCUCUGUCAGCUUGGUCAGGAUUUGAGCCAUAUCAGGUGCUCGAGGUGCUUUCCCUGGCGUCACCGAGGGUUUCGUUGGUGAGGUGGAGGCCUCCAUUUCCAUGCCGCCGCCAUCUUGAGGGCUCACGGCUCCUUGGCGGGAAACCGUGAAGAACUCCGUUACGGAGACCCCCGUGUCUGCAGUCUUCUUCGGGUUUUUUUUAGUGGGUCUCUUCUCCAUCUUUGCCUGGUAGGUCGUCAAGUUUAGUGCGCUGUUGUAUGCUUUAUACGGUGUUGUCGGAACGGAGCUCUAGGCAAGCACGUCCAGCUCGCUCCGUGUCUUGGCCACGCCCCCACAAGGGAGUUUUUAAAAUGGUCUGUACCUGAUAUUGGUGCAGGAGAUGGAGCUCCCCACACCAAACCACCAGGGAUUCAGUUCACCAUUCAGUGAACCUCCAGGGAUCCAGCUUAACCUACACUGGACCCCCAGGGAAGGUAAGCAGGAGGAGUGGGAGGGGCAAACAUUACACAAUUUAGCCACCACCAGGCCCGGACUGGCCAUCGGGCACACCGGGCAAAUGCACCGGGUCAUGCAUGGGAGGUUACAGGAUCUCCCCUGCCGGUCUAUGCAGGGCCGGCACUAUCCGAGCGCCGGCCCUGCUGUUUUCAAUGACGGGCUGGUGAGGAGAUCAAAGAUCUCCCUCACCGGCCUACCUGCAUGCACAUGCGGCUGGGGAGGAAGGGAGAGGACCCGGCGGAGCUCUAACUUACAGCUCCGCCGGGUUCCUCUCGUGAGAUCGGGAGCGUUGCCAUGGCAAUGCCCCCGAUCUAGCGAGAGUGAACUCUAGUCCACAGGCGAGAGUUCACUCACCACUGGACCACCAGGGAUGAUGUCAGAGUGCGGUCUCCCCUCUCCCAGAUACCACCGUGCCGGUUCCCCCCUCCCCCUCCCAGGCUAAAGGUAAGACGGGAGGGGGGGACAUAAUGCCUGCUUAUUUUUUAUUUUUUUCCUCCCCCAAACACACAAUCCCUUCUAGUAUUCACCCACAGCACCCUCACACACAUCACACACAGCACUCAAACUGUAAAGUAAAUGUCCAGUGGCAGAUUUCCAAACAUGUACAUGGACACCAGCUUGUGGGUUGUUCCAGGCUGCAUUAACCAAUGGAUAAAGUGAGUGAGAUAUUGAACAUGGACUGCUCUGAAUAGUGGAUUAGUUUGAGGAAAUGAGAUUCAAGAGUAAAAAUUACUGUAGGCCAACCAUUUUAGUGCACUUUAGUUCAUAAGGCAAUUAAGGCUCUUGCAUACUUGUGCAAGUAACAGGUUUACAUGGAUUAGUUCUUAGACUCCACUUCUUCUCUUUUUGGAAGUAAAAAGCAGUGAGUGAUGCUGUUUGUGAUGCACUCUCACACACAGCACUCUCACACACAUCACACACAGCACCAUCACACACAGCACCCUCACACACAAAUCACACACACAGCACCCUCACACAUCACACAUAGCAUCCUCACACACAUCACACACAGCAUCCUCACACACAUCACCCCUCAAACAAAGCAUCCAUCACACACACAUACUGCACCCUUCACAUACACACUACACCCCUCAGAGACACCCACUGCACCCCUCACACACACACACAGAACCCCAACACACUACACCAAACACACACACGCACACACAAUACUUCUAAACAUAUUUAUAUAUUAUAUAUAUACUAUAUAUACACACACUACAGCACCCCUCACACACAUACUGUACUCCUAAACACAUUACAUUCCAGACACACACUAGAUCCCUCACCCAACUCUGGAUCAUUUACACACACUAGAUCCCUCACCCAACUCUGGAUCAUUUACACACACUAGAUCUCUUUAUACACUCUGAAUCCGUUAUAUAUACACACUCACUAGAUCUCCUACACAUUCUGGGUCCUUCAAACACACACUAGACUCCUGUACACACAAACACACACUGCACCACCUACACACACUACAUUCCUAACAUACACACUCUGGAUCCGUUAUACACACACUAGAUUCCUUGUAAACAAACACAUACUACACCCCUAAACACACACUCUCAACAACCCCUACAAACACUAUAUCACCUAUACACACACACACACUAUAGCCAGUAUUCACACACUUACUACAUCCCCUAUACACACAGUCUCUACAGCCCCUAGCCACAUAUGCAUUACAUUACACCAAAAACACAACACGACUAAAACCGACCUUAUUACACAAUACCACACCACAAUCAGCUCACUCUACACACACACAAUCCCACAAGCAGGGCUUGGCGCUACCAUAAGGCGACCCAAGCGGCCGCCUUAGGGCGCACCAGCCCUGGGGGUGCAACAUCAGGCUGACCGGAAGGAGGGAAGCGCACUGCGCUCUCCUCCAGCCGGUUACUAUUUGUAGCGUGGCUGAGCGCAGCCCAGAGAUUCCCCCCUGCGGAGCCCAGCCUCGGCCCGCCCACCUCCUACCCUCGUGUGUGCCGCAGGCUGUGUAGAGGGGGCGGGGAUAUGAAUGACAUCCUAUCCCUGCUCCCUGGGUACCACACAGUGCGGCUGGCGCCCAGUGAUGGGGCUGGGCUGCAGGACGGGACUCCACAGAGCCAGAGAGCAUGAUGUAAGUAUGUAGUUAUGUAUGUAUGCAUGUCUCUGUAUGUCUCUGUAUUUCUCUGUAUGUCUGUCUCUGUAUGUAUGUAUGUCUAUGUAUGUAUGCCUGUCUCUGUAUGUAUGUAUGUCUCUGUAUGUAUGUCUGUCUGUAUGUCUCUGUAUGUAUGUAUGUCUCUGUAUGUCUAUGUAUGUAUGUCUCUGUAUGUAUGUGUGUCUGUAUGUCUCUAUGUCUGUCUCUGUAUGUAUGUCUGUAUGUCUAUGUAUGUAUGUAUGUCUCUGUAUGUCUCUGUAUGUCUAUGUGUGUAUGUAUGUCUAUCUGUAUGUCUCUGUAUGUAUGUAUGCAUGUUUCUGUAUGCCUGUAUGUCUCUGUAUGUACAUAUGUAUGUGUAUGUAUGCCUGUAUGUCUUUGUAUGUAUGUUUCUGUAUGCCUGUAUAUAUGUAUGUGUCUGUAUGGCGGUAUGUCUCUGUAUGUAUGUAUGUGCCUGUAUGUCUUUGUAUGUAUGUUUCUGUAUGCCUGUAGGUUUCUGUAUGCCUGUAUAUAUGUAUGCGUCUGUAUGACGGUAUGCCUCUGUAUGUAUGCAUGUCUUUAUAUGCCUUCAUGUCUCUGUAUGCAUGUAUGUCUUUGCCUGUAUGUCUCUGACUGUAUGUGUCUGUAUGUCUCUGUAUGAUUAUUUUUGUGUUUGUAUGACAGUGUACCUAUGACUUUGACUGUGUGACUGAAAAAUGAUGGCUGUGGCUUGGGAGGAAAUGCUUGUGGGCAGGGCCAGUGCUAGGAUUUUGAGUUACACAGGUGAAGAUGCAUUUGUAAAAAAUUUUUUAAAGGAGGGUAAGGGCGCCAAAAUGCAUCUUCGCCUGUGUAACUCAAAAUCCUAGCACUGGCCCUGCCCACAAGCAGGCUCCAAACACAUGCACAAUACUCUUUCCUGGCCCUUUUGUCUCCUGGUAUCCAUUUAUAGAGACACCGGAGACAAGAUGCAAGGAGAAACAGUGCAAGCGUGUUAUUAAAUUUGCAUGCACUGUGCAGAUCAAAUACAGGGCUUUUUUCUCAUGCUAGAGCUCUUUAGCAUAGCUCUGCGCAUGGUCUGCCCUGGAAGAGCAUUGAACCAACAUGCUCACUUUGAGAGGGGGCGUGUUUGUCAUUGGUGAUGAAGAAACACACCCUCUCUGCCCUGUCCCCUUCUUAGUGGGCCGCUGUAAAAAAAAAAUGCCCUGGCCGAAUUUUUCUCCCAGUCCGGCCCUGGCCCCCACACACACAUAGACACACUUAGCCCCUGCACAUAAAGCUAUUACACUCCUCCACAUACAUUAAUCGGUGCCUACACACACUAUCACACACAACAGUCAGUCAACACAUAAACAUAAAUCGUUCACAAAAAUAGAGUCAAUGGCUCUAGGAAAGAGCCCCAAUUUGGCACCCUGUCUAGAGCCCUGGGCAACCUUAAUCCAGAUCUGUCCUUCUUACUAGCAGACAGAAGCUCCUGAUAUGUAGCCUGGGACAAAGAAAGAGCUAGAUGUAGUUAGUGUAACAGAAACAGGAUAUGCCGCACUGUUGGAGAGAGAAAAGUAGCAAGAGCAUUUGCAAGCCACAAAAGUUUUGUUCUUCUGCAUUCCUUCCAAGUUUUAACUUUAGCUUAAUGAAGCAUUUUGGGUGUAUAGAUGCUAUAUAAGUGAAAGUAAUUAUUGCAUUUGUGUAAGGAGGCUGCAUGCAGUAUUGCAAUGGUGCGGAUGCUGCUUGUGGGAUUGUGUGUAUACAGUAAGGCUCCUGGUCAGUGGUGUAUCCUGGUUUUGUGCUGCCCUAGGCAGGACAAAUCUCAGGCGCACCCCCAACCUGCCUUCUAAAUACACACACACACAUACAUUCACUGACAGAUACGCAUACACUCGCUAACAGAAACACACACACACUAACAGACACACUCACACUCACUAACAGACACACACUCACUGACACACACAUACACACUAACAGACAAACACAGUCAGACACACACUCACUCAUUAACAGACACACUCACUGACACACACACUCACAGGCAAAUACACACACACACUAACAGACACACACACACACUCACAGGCAAACACACACUCACUGACACACAGUCAGACACACACAUACACACUAACAGACACAGUCAGACACACACUAACAGACACACAGUCAAGACACACACUAACAGACACACACACACACUCACAGGCAAACACACACUCACUGACACACAGUCAGACACACACAUACACACUAACAGACACAGUCAGACACACACAGUCAGACACACACUAACAGACACACAGUCAAGACACACACUAACAGACACACACACACACACACACACACACACUCACAGGCAAACACACACUCACUGACACACAGUAAGACACACACAUACACACUAACAGACACAGUCAGACACACACAGUCAGACACACACUAACAGACACACACAGUCAAGACACACUAACAGACACACAGUCAAGACACACACUAACAGACACACACUAACAAAACACACACACAUUAACAGACACACACUCACUCACAUUAACACAUUUUUUUUAUUUACCCCCCACCUUUGGGAGUGCUGGGGGGGGAGGGAGGUUCAUUACCUCCCUGGUGGUCCAGUGGUUGCCGGCUGGGCUGGGCACGCGAGGGAGCUCUUCCCCUGAGCGGUCAGCUCAGCUCCCUCGCGCGCCGCAAAGAGGAAGAUGCUCCCUCCCAGCCUCAGCGGCGCGCGAGGGAGCUGAGCCAGCCAGAGGAAGUGCUCCCUCGCCAGCCGCCCGCCAGCCCAGCGCCCGGCCGGUCAGUUAGCCGCAAGGCUAACAAGGCAUUUGCCUGGGCAUUUGGGGGCGGCGUUUUUUGCCGCCCCCUGAAAAAUGCAGCCCAAGGCAAAUGCCUUGUUUGCCUCGCGGCUAAUACGCCCCUGCUCCUGGUGGGUUUGCGAGUGUGGGUGGGGCUGUUUGCAGUGUAGUAUGUGAGUGGGGAGACUUUGUUACAGUGUGUGUGGCGUCUGGGAGUUACUGGGGAUACUGUUUGUAAGCAUAUUAGAAGCUCCACUGUGUGGAGGGGAUAUAGAGAAUGCAAUAUGUUUUUUGUGUGUAUGGAUAGUGGCUGCAGUGCAUGCGUGGUGGGGAUAAUGGCUGAAGUAGGUGCAUGGAGGUACAGGAACUGUAGUAGGUGCCGGGGAGCAUAAGGGACUAUAGUAGGUGAAGGGGGCAUAGGGACAUGGUGUGUGCAAACAGGGAGAUACAAAAUCUCUGCUUGCAGAUACCUUAAGAGAUACAAAAUCCAAUAUAGUGUAGUUAUUUAUUGAAAAACAAACCCACUUCACCAAAUUCGAACUCUUACAUUAAUGUAUUGUGGUACUUGUCUCCAAGAACUACGAGAAAUACAGUAGUUUGGAAAAUUUAACCAUUCCAUUCUCAUGCUGUUAGGGACCAAUCCGUUCGUGUGCACUGCGAUGUAUGUAUCGCCAUCCAGAAGAACACCAGUGGUGAGUGCCACUUCAAAGUCCUCCUGGGUGCUUGAAUUAAAAGCUGCUUGCUUUUCAACAAGUUUUGACCGCUGCUACUGGGCUUUCUUAGGAAUCACAUGUCUGCAUUUGCUUAAAGUGCCAGAGUCCAUUGAUGCAUCUAUUCUCACAGGCACAAUUGCAGCUUGCCAGCAGUUUCAACACAUUAAUAUUAUAAAAAUACAUUGCAUAAAAUAAAUAAUAAAAAAUCAUAACUAGCAAAAUAAAUCACAAAAACAUCAUAAUCAGUACAAAGAUCAGUGUAGGUAGAUUCACUCUAUACAUGUCAAAACUAAGGGUGACUAAUUGACAUUAGAUAAAAAACAAUACUAUAAAAAUUUUCAAAAAAUAUCAAGGCAUACUUAUAUGGAUAAUAUUAUAUGGAUUUAAUCUUAUCCAUAUAAGGUUUUGAGAUUUUUUUAAAACGUUUUUAUAGUAAUUUUUUGAAUAUUUUUAUAGUGUUUUUGUAUCUUGAAACUACUGUAUUCCUAUGCAUGCUAGUGAUUCACUUGUUUUAUCGUUUUUAAUCCAUAUUUCAUGCUGAAUAACCUUUGGACAAAAUGUAAUUUAAACAGAAAACUAUUUUUAGAUAAAGAAGUCAAAAUUUACAAAGAGAAAAGCAACCAGAUUUCAAUUUAACAAAACAUAUAUAUAUAUUUUUAAAUAUCAUUUAUCGAUCAUGUUAGACUCGGACACUGACAUUUUCACAUUUUACACUGUUUAUGAUGCUUAAACCUUUCAAUAUAUUUCUUACAUCAUCUGAUUUGACUCAUGUUAUACAAUUACGUGUUUCUUCUCUUAAUACUAAUUAAAGCUCAUUUUUUCAUUUGGUUCUCCUGCUGAGAGCAUAAAUUGUGUUUUAAGUGGUUGUUAAACUUACUGUAAGACACACCUCCCCUGCCUAACUCAGUUUGGAGAGCACAGACUUGCUUCCCAUAACAUUUUAAAACUCCCAUACACUUUUUGUUGGUCUUGUGUAAAACAAAACUUAUUUGUUCUCUCUAUCCAUUCUCAGAUUGCCUGUUUAAAGGUGCUGCAAUAAAUCACUCUGGCUGUUCCUCUCCUUUCUCUGUGCUGUUUCUGCUGCUGGUGCUCUCACACACAGCCUGUCCCUCAUUCCAACUUCUCCUUGCAGGCAUUGCUUUCCCUUAGUCUGAAUUCAGGUAGGAGAGAUGCCCAGAGGUGGGUUUACCUGAUAACAGACAGGGUUUCCCUGAUGACAGAUAUGCAGAACACAGACUGAACUGACUGAGAUGGGGUUGGGUGGGCUGUUUUUAACCUCUGAUGUUAGAGAAUUCUACACAUUUGCCAGCAAUUCUGUUGGCAUAAUGUAUAGAUGUAAUUGAAUUCUAUAUCUUAAGGAUUAAGUUGCAUUUAUCAUGACAGGUAUCUUUGGUACAUCCACAAAUAUUUGAAUGACAUGGUUAGCACUGGGUUUUUAUAAAAAUGUGAUGUGUAAUUGUAAAAUCACCAAAUACAAACCGAUACAGCUAUCACAGAGGAUAUGAGUAGAACUUUGAUAUUAGAAACAUUUUGCUUCUGCAAUACAAGACGGACAAUUUAGCAAUGAUAUUAUAGAUUUAUAUUGGGUACAUUUUUGAAGUCUUAUGCUAAGCUACUUUAUAACAUUUACAGCUAUUGUUAUUUCAAAAAGAAUGCCUAACGAAUUCUAGUACAGUCAGUUCAUAGACUAAAUGUUCCUCUGCAGAAUUGUCAAGUUCCCAAAUACCCUGAACAAGGCUGAUACACAGAAAGCAAUUGAAAUUGCCUUCCGCAUGUGGAGCAGAGUGUCCCCGCUCACCUUCCAUAGCGUUCAACCACACCAUGAUGCAGAUCUCAAAAUAGGUAAGUGGGUUUGUAAAUAAAUAUGGUGGUGCUCAUGGAAC